GCUUUACUCUUUCAUAUAAUUCUUUUAAUCGCUUUUUUUGAAUUUGCUUUUGUAGACUACAAGGUUGAUUUUUAUAUUAUGGAUCUAGUUAAAGGAAUAUAUACCAUGCUCCAUGUUGGUCAUACAACAUUUCCUGCUUCAAUAAAAGAGAUGCUCUCGUUUGUUGAUGAAAUGGAAUUGCUUCUAAAAGUACGAAAAAUUUUUCGUGAAUCCUUUAACAAUUUAUAUACAAGUCUCUGUCAUCCAAGUCCGCCAUUGGCAAAAGCAUCAUUCAAACGGGAUACUCUUAGCACUCCGAAGUUUCGAGAUUUGGUUAGCAAGACACAUAAUGUUAAUAGAAUCUGUCCAUUUUGGUUUGGACGUUUUUAAUCUAUUUCUGUCAAUGACUCAUGUAACUCGGUCACAUUCUAUGUAUUAGUUUAACGUUUCUGUAUAAACACAAAGAUUAAUAAAGUUCUCCCACGUUGAGCGUUAUUUUGAGUUUUUUUUCGAAUCAAGUGGAUCAUGCGCAGUAAGUACGUCACUAAUUUUUAUCAUAUGAUUAGCUGGCAGAUCCCAUAUUUCUAUUGGCUAGAAAUGAGAAGAGUCUUCACGGUUAUCAUAUGGCAUAGCAUGUAUCACAAAACUCCCGAUUUAUUUUCACAUGUAUCUUUUACACAUGAUGUAAUAAUAAUCGAUCAUAAAUAAAAAAGAGAAA